UACUGUAUUAUAUAAAAAGUUUUUGUAUAAUAUUUUUGUACUGCAAUUUUUUUAAUGUUAUUUUUUCAUGAUAGCGGCUCCACCUGAAGUAGAAGAACCUGAAGCAGAAGCAGAAGCUCCUGCUGAAGAGGAGGCUACAGAUGAAACGAAACCGAAGCCAAAGAUGUUCAUGCCAAAUAUUGCGGCUCCAAAGAUCCCAGAGGGAGACAAGGUGGACUUUGAUGACAUUCACAGGAAGCGUCAGGACAAGGAUUUCGCUGAGCUGCAGUCCCUGAUCGAGGCUCAUUUCGUCCAGAGGAAGAAGGAUGAAGAGGAGCUCAUUGCUCUGGUCAACAGGAUUGAGAAGCGUCGUGGCGAGAGAGCCGAACAGCACAGGAUCCGUGCAGAGAAAGAGAAGGAAAGACAGGCCCGUCUGGCGGAGGAGAAGGAGAGGAGAGAGCAAGAGGAACAGAGGAAGAAGCAAGAUGAUGAUGCCAAGAAGAAGAAAGCUCUCACCAACAUGACACACCAGUAUGGUGGAAUCCAACAGAAGAUGGAGGGUCGUAAAGGGGCGAAGAAACAGACUGAGAGAGAGAAGAAGAAAAAGAUUUUGGCUGAAAGGAGGAAGCCACUCAACAUCGACCAUCUGUCUGAGGACAAACUGAAAGAGAAGGCCAAUGAGCUGUGGCAGUGGAUGAUGGAGCUGGAGGCUGAGAAGUUUGACCUCGGUGAGAAACUCAAGAGACAGAAGUACGAUAUCACACUUCUCCAGUCCCGAAUCAAUGAACAGCAAAAGUUUGCCAAAGGCCGUGGCAAGGGCAAGAUGGGCGGCAGGCUGAGAUAAACACGCAUCAACCCAAGGUGUACCAGGAGCCCAGGAGACUAAAUCUGUAUUAUCUGAAAGCAUUUGAAUAUAAUUACAUAUCUCUGUAUUGUUUGAUUGUACGUGUAGCACAUAAAGACAGUAAAAAGCUUUUUGUUGUUGUAA